AUGUUACAGGCCACCGUUCUAACAGGAAAUAACACCGAAGUACUCUAUCGCAACGACAAUCAAUUCGGUCCCUUUGAGGCUGGCAACUAUAACGAGUGGUUCGGUUCGAAUCAGAUCGUUAAAGUGGAUACCGAUUAUUGUCUACAAGUGCAACCAGGAGUGCACCAGGGAUGUGCAAGGCAAGCAUGGACUUGCGAUGGAUGGAACUAUAUUGGCACAGAGAACUACCGAGGGUAUGACACUUGUUAUGAUUCUAGCGACAGAUGGGUGACUAUCGAAUCCGCACAAACAGUCGAUAUCCAGACGAACCCGUUGUGUUGCUGA